UCUAUACUGUAUCGAUACUCCACAUCUAACACUUCACUACCAAUCGCACGUGUGUUUGUUUACAUUUUUGGUAGAGUUUUUGUAUCCGUGUAGGCUUACCAAGUGAUUGGAGUAAUGAGUGUUACUAGUUUGGAAAUAAUAGUAGGAACUUACGAAGAAUUUCUACUGGGUUAUCGAGUGACCAAGACUGAGAUUAAGAAGUACAAAUUAGUGCAGAGUUUUGCUAACCAUUCUCAUCGUGCUAGUAUAAGAUGUGUGACUACCUGUGGGAAGUUAUUGGCAUCUGGAGGUGCUGAUGAAACUAUCUACCUGUACGAUCUACAUACAAGGAAAGAGACGGGCAUGUUGAUGCAUCACAAUGGUACUGUACAUUGCCUCGAAUUUACUCCAAAUGGCUCACAUUUGCUUAGUGGCAGUGAGGAUGGCAAUUUGGCUGUCUGUAGGACAGGGAACUGGCAGCUGGAAAAAGUGUGGGGUGCUGCACACAAAGGAUCAGCUGUAACAUCAAUGAGUGUACAUCCGACAGGAAAGUUGCUUUUGUCACUGGGUACAGAUGGUACACUUAGGACGUGGAAUCUCAUAAAAGGCCGUAAAGCAUAUGUCACCAACUUAGGGAAGGAAAGCCGGUGGUCGUCUGGUGUAAUCUGGUCUCCUGAUGGUACUCAUUACAUUGUGCUACCUGGUGGGAAACGAGCUGAUGUGUACUCAGUGGAAACUGCUGGUAUCAAGUGCUCAUUAAAGUUGCAGUGGGGAGUAUGCUGUGCCUGUUUUCUCACUCCAGACAUAUUUUCGCUGGCUGGUGAGGGAGGGAACAUAGCACUGUAUUCACUGAAUGAGAAGAGUGGGGAACCCACAAAACAAGUGAAGGCUCAUGAGGACAGGGUGAAAGCAACUGGUGCUAUUACUCUGGCUGAUGGUUCCACAUGGCUUGCAAGUGCUUCUAGUGGAGGUCAAAUAAAGCUGUGGCAAUUUAAGGAUGGAAAACUGAAAGAAAAAUGCUGUGCAGAUGCUGGUUGCAGGAUAACUUGUCUCACUCUUGUACUUUUGGACCCAUCUGUUGAGAAUAUAAAGGAACCAGAGGUAGACAUCAAGCCGGAAUCUAAUUCUGACACAGAGCCAGAGUUUAUAGCCACUGGCACUUCCAGCAAACACACUCCAGAAAUUGGUGAAGUUAUUGUGGAAGUUGAUCGCACAACAAGAAAAAGAAAGAGACGUAAAUCAAAAAAGAAAAACAGUGUUGGUGAUGGAGCUGACAUAGAAUGUGUUGAAAAUGGAAAUAAAAGUAUGGAAAAUCAAAAUGUGAAACAGGAAAGAACUAAGAAGAAAAUGAAAGAAUUAACUAGUUCAGGGGGACAGUGGUCAGUGCAAGAUAUUUAACAAGUGGUGUUUUGUUAUUUGUUGAAAUGACCCGUGUAAUAUUUUUUAAUAAAACAAU